GGCCACAGGGAAAGGAACUCAUCCCGCCACACUACCCUGCCCCAAGGCCCCUACACUGGUGCCAAGCCAUUCUGAUCAUGCAGCCACUGGGGAGGGCCCUGGUGAAGGGGUGUGGCUAGGAAAAGGAGCAGAUGAGGGAAGCAUAGUCCUCCAUGGCUCGGUUUUCUCACCUGUGAAGUGGAGCUAUCAGUAGGCCUUACUUGGUUGGGUUCCUGAAAGGACGGUAUUUGUGAAUAGUGCUUAAAACUGUGCCUUUACAUGUAUAGCCAACAGUGUAGGAGGCUGAGGCAGGAGCAUUGCAAGUACAAGCACAGCCUGUGUGACACAGUGAUACCAUGUCACACAGGGAUGUAGUUCAGUGCAAAGACCCUGGAUCACAUCCCUGAUACCAUAUACACAAAAGUCAAAGGUACCAUGACUCUAGCCAGCAGUGAAUGCUUGAUAAACAUGGACUGGGAGGUGGCCAGAGGGCAUGGAGUUUGCAUGAAGGAGGCUUGGGAAGUGAGCACCCGGGCCCUGGGCCAUGCUGUCGGCUUUGGACACUGGCUCAGUAGCAUCCCUGGUCCCCUGAGGGGAGGAAGGUCGGGCUGUGGAAGUGGGCAGGUGCUGGAGUGUUGGGAGCCGCAGCCCCGAGCCCGGUCGCCUCACUUGGCGGACGUGAGGCCUGUAGUAAAGAGUAAAGCCUGAGGUAGAUUACCCCUCCCAUCGAGCACGUUAGUUUCCUGCUUACCGCGUAAGCAACCCGCUCAACAAUAUAGUCUGCCUGGCAACUGAUGAUGUUAGCCAAUCAGCUUGCCUUGCUUACUUUAACAUGAUUGGACACUGUAUCCGUAUAUAUACUGGUGCCACCCCUGGGGGGGAAGAAGAAGCCCGGAAGUAGAAGCCCAGAAGGAGCCGCGGGGAGCGGACCAAAGGAGGCUUCGGCUGGGAGCGAUCCCAGGGCAGGCUGUACGGAGAAGGAAAAUAAAAGAAAAGGUUGUCCACUGCCAGACUUUGUCGUGUGUCCUUCCUGCCGGCCAGGAGCGACAUCGACAUUUGGUGGCCCGCAUGGGGACUGAUCACCCCCGAGACGUGACAGCGGACAACGCUCCAGUACAGAGCUGCGAGACAGGUGAGUUGGGGAUAAGCCUGGGCUCUGAGGGCUUUUAGACUCCCCUCAGGCUCACGCGUAAGUGGUGGAUUCCUUGGGCCUCACGCGGUGAGUAACAUAUUAAAAGAUGGGAAACAUGCUAGGUAGCAACACUAAGAGCGAGGGUGGUUGUGGAGAAAGCUCUCAAGAGCUUACAAAAGUACGCAGGGUAUUUGAGCAGGCCCAGUCGGGGAGCUCCCGAGAGGGGCCCGUCAAGGGGAACAAAGAUGCUAAGGAGAAGGACGGGGCUCUAGCCUCGGAGUCGUCUGACUCCGAGGACGAGGGAAAGUUGAAUGGCAAGGAGGCCAAAGAGACCAGCUGUCAGGAGCCUAAGUCGCUCGAUAAGGAGUCGCAGGGUUCUUUCCCAGCGUUGCGCCGUGAAUUGCGCUCCGCUCAACUUGGUCUGCGGAGGAGUGGAGAGCUCCUGAGCGCUCCCCGGCUCGAGAGGGAGGCGAAGCCUUCCGCCCCACCUUGGGGGCUGUUCCCGGAGGCGAUCCCUCGCCGCGAGGCGGCCGCCCGGGAGCUCCCUUCCCCUUCGCCAGAACAGGAAGUGAUGCACGGGCCCCCAUUUUCCGCCCAAUCAUGGCCGCCGUCUUAUGCUCCGCCACCGGCGGGUCGGUAUUUUUACAGGCGGCUUUGGCAGGGGGGACGUUUGUCUCAUGAGGUACAUCCACCACCUGGGAUAGAUAGUGGCCCCUACAGGAUAUUUCCUGUACAAGUAGCUAUGGGCCAGGGACGUAAUGCAUGGGAGCCUUUUGAGAUAAAGCAGAUUAGAGAACUUAAAAAUGCAGUUACAACCUUUGGGCCGACUGCGCCUUACACCAUUGCCAUGCUGGAGAACCUGUCUUCUGGGCCCCUCACCCCCGCGGACUGGAUUCAGCUGGCAAAGGCGUGUCUGCCCUCGGGUAGUUACCUGGAUUGGCGAGCCUGGUACGCAGAGUUCUCUGCAGAACAGGCUGAGAGAAACGCCAGUCGGGGAAACUGGGGGUGGAACAAGGAAAUGCUUAUGGGAGAAGGUCGGCAUGCUGAUGAUCAGACUCAGUUCCCCGGCGCUGUCUAUGAACAAAUCAACGCCAUAGGGCUCCGCGCCUGGAAGCAGGUAAGUGGUGCCGGAACAGCCUCCUUGUGUCUUUCAAAAAUAAUUCAGGGUACCACAGAGCCAUUUGUUGACUUUGUGGCCCGAAUGCAAGAUGCUGCCGAUAAGAUAUUUUCUGAUCCGGGAGUGGCUCGACCGCUGGUAAGGCAGCUGAUUUUUGAGCAAUGUACAAAGGAGUGCAAGGCAGCGAUAGCUCCUCAUAAGAACAAGGACCUCAACGCCUGGAUUAGGAUAUGUAGAGAGAUAGGGGGGCCGCUCUCCAACUCGGGAGUGGCUGCUCUCCUGGCCGCGGCUGUACAGCAGAGGGGACCUCGCGGGUUAGAAGGGGAAUGUAAGGCUAAAGGGUGUUUUGCCUGCGGGGAGCCAGGACACAUUAAACGUCAUUGCCCAAACAAUGCAGAUGCUAGGCCUCGCCCUAGGAAUGAAGAACCAUAUGUUUGUGGGCGAUGCAAGAGGGGAUCACACAAAGCUGAGGAGUGUAGGUCGGUCUUUGAUGCUCAGGGCAACCGUAUUUGUGGACGAGAUGCUAGAGGGCCAAAAAACGGCCAGAGGGGGCCCCCUUCACAGGCGGGCCCCCGCCCCAGAGACAGGACAGCUCAGGAUGGCAGCCUUCAACAAGGGCCACCCCUGGGUCAGCAGGUGUGGACCUCAGUGUCGCCUCCAGACUUAUAUUAGUGCCUGAUAUGGGUGUUCGAGUGGUUGAAACCACCUUUAAGGGACCGUUACCCGAAAAUUCCGUGGGUCUGGUGAUCGGGAGAUCCUCCACGGCCCUUCGGGGUCUCAUAGUAGUCCCGGGGGUCAUAGACUCAGACUACACAGGACACAUUAAAAUUAUGGUUCAAUCUCUUGUGGGUACUAUGGUAAUCAAUAAAGGAGACAAGAUAGCGCAGCUCUUGCUGCUCCCCAGUCUCCACAAGAGAUUCCCCUCAAAGCAGAAAAUUAGAGAAAGUCAAGGUUUCGGUUCCUCAGGGGAAGUCUUCGAGGGACUCCAUAUAAUACUUGAUAAAAGGCCCAUGCUCUCACUUAAGGUCAAUGGCAAGAAUAUAACAGGGCUCCUAGACACAGGAGCUGACCGUUCCAUUAUCUCUAGAAAGGAUUGGCCCUCCAACUGGCCCACCAACACUGCAGAUAACACGCUGCAGGGCCUGGGGAUGGUGUCAGCUCCUCAGGUUAGUGCUUCAACCCUGUUCUGGUGCGAUGAGGAGGGUCAUCAGGGCCAUUUCCAACCAUUUGUGUUGCAGUUGCCAGUGUCUCUAUGGGGAAGGGACAUCCUCACUCAGAUGGAUGUCACGCUUACGUCAAACUGCUCCCCCCAGGCUAAGGAUAUACUCAGGAACCAGGGAUAUACCCCCGGCAAAGGCUUGGGCAAUGCCCUACAGGGUCGGACAUCCCCAAUACCAGUAGAGAACAAAAAAGGUAGGCAAGGGCUGGGUUUUUCUUAGGGGCCGCUGAAGAAGCUCUCCUACCCACUUCGAUCAAAAUCACCUGGAGGUCAAAUGAUCCGGUUUGGGUACCUCAGUGGCCCCUGCCUAAGGAGAAGCUAUUAGCCUUGUCAAAAAUAGUCAGUACACAACUUAGAUUAGGACACAUUAAGCCGUCAACCUCCCCAUGGAACACCCCCAUUUUUAUAAUUAAGAAAAAGUCUGGCAAAUGGAGGCUGCUCCAUGAUCUAAGGGCGGUCAACGCGCAGAUGCAGUCCCUGGGGGCGGUCCAGAGGGGGCUGCCAGCUCUCUCAGCCAUCCCUCAGUCCUGGCCAGUUUAUGUUAUAGAUCUUAGAGACUGUUUCUUCUCAAUCCCCCUGCAUCCAGAGGACACUCAUAGGUUCGCCUUUACUUUACCCACCAUUAACCAAGAAAGCCCUGAUCUCAGAUACGAGUGGAUAACGCUGCCCCAAGGUAUGGCCAACAGUCCCACUAUGUGUCAGAUUUACCUUGAUUCCCUACUGGCCCCCCUACGGAAAUCCUUUCCCAAGAUAAGAUGUGUGCAUUACAUGGACGACCUUUUGCUCAGCGGCAGGGACCCAGACAUGCUAAAUAAUAUGCUCGGCCAGUUGGUCGAGGCCCUGAGACAAGCUAAUCUGCAUGUUGCCCCCGACAAGAUUCAGGGAGGAGAAAUGGUGACCUACUUAGGCGCGAAAAUCUCCCCUAUGCUAGUCUCUCCACAGAAGGUCACCAUUAGGACGGAUGGCGUUAGGACCCUAAAUGACAUGCAAAAGCUAUUGGGAGACAUUAAUUGGAUUAGGCCAUAUUUACAUAUACCAAAUUCAGAUCUCAAACCCCUGUUCGACCUUCUAAAGGGAGACCCAGAUAUAGCCUCCCACAGGAGGCUCACUCCUGAGGCAAGAGCUGCCUUACAGAGAGUGGAAAAAGCCUUAGGUGGGGCUAUCUUACACAGAAUUGAACCAGGGCGACCCUUUGAUGUCUGUUUGCUACAGACUAGUCUACAGCCCACAGCGGUGAUUUGGCAGAAAGGACCAUUACUGUGGAUACACCCUAAGGUCUCACCUGCAAAAGUCAUAGAGCAUUACCCGGAGGCAGUCGCUUCAUUGGCCCUUGAGGCGCAUGAUAGAGCUGUCCAACAUUUUGGCUCAGGACCACAAGCCAUCCGAGUACCCUAUACCGCCAGCCAGAUCAAGACCCUGGCUGCCUGCAUAGAUACAUGGGCCAUUCUGAGAUGUGUUUUCCAUGGGGAUAUAAACAAUCAAUACCCUAAAGACCCUAUCUUGUCAUUUGUCACUCAGCACCCUAUAAUUUUUCCAAAGGUUACUGCCUCUGAGCCAUUAGUCCCAGCAACUACAAUAUACACAGAUGGCUCCAAGACGGGGAUAGGCGCCUAUGUGAUCCUAGGCAAGCCCCCGGUUACCAUACAAUUUGAACCUGAUCAGCCUCAGGUGGUAAAACUGCAGAUCGUUAAAAUGAUUCUUGAACGGUUCUCAGAAGCCAUUAAUAUUGUCUCCGAUUCUAGGUAUGUGGUCAAUGCUAUGCAAGUGCUUGAGACUGCCGGUUUAAUUAGAUCCACUUCCACAGUGGCUGGGCUGUUCCUGUCUAUCCAGACAUUGCUUCAGAACAGACACCAUAAGGUCUUCACCACCCACAUAAGAGCACAUACAUCCCUGCCGGGGCCCAUGGCACAGGGGAAUGCGGCUGCUGAUACUGCCACUCGCCCGUUAUGGAUUUUUACCUUACUAACACCAAUCGAGCGAGCCCGUGCCUUCCAUGAUAAGUUUCAUGUCAAUGCCAGGACACUAGCAAACCAUUUCCAUGUUUCCAGAGCAGAUGCACGAGAUAUCGUGCGACUAUGUGACUCCUGUGCCACAUACAAACCUGCCAUACCGAUGGGAGUAAACCCUCGAGGUUUGAUCCCUGGUGAUGUUUGGCAGAUGGACAUCACACAUAUACAGGAUUUUGGGACUCUUAAAUAUGUUCAUGUUUCCACAGACACCUGUUCUCACGUCAUAUUCGCAACAGCAGAAACAGGUGAAAAAGUGUCUAAUGUGAUCAAUCAUUGCCUGGCGGCUUGGGCCGCAUGGGGCAAACCAAAAAUAUUAAAAACUGAUAAUGGACCAGCCUAUAUAGGCAAAGCCUUCAAUGAGUUCUGCAAAAUGAUGGAGGUUCAAUUAAAACAUGGUAUCCCAUACAAUCCCCAAGGUCAAGGAAUCAUUGAGAGGGCUCAUAGAAGCCUCAAAGAAAUUUUACAAAAACAAAAAGGGGGAGUAGGCCAAGGCCUGGCCCCAAAGGCACGAUUAUCCAUGGCACUAUUCACACACAAUUUUUAAAAUUUAAAUAAUGAUAAUUGCUCCCCAGCCGUGGAGCACUGCAACCCUUCCCCCAACCAUAAAGGGUGGGUGAAGUGGAAAGAUGUCCUGACAGGACAAUGGAUGGGCCCGGAUCCAGUGGUCAGCUGGAACCGAGGCGCGGUUUGUGUUUUCCCACAGGAAUCGGGACGAGAACCACUGUGGGUACCGGAGAGACUGACACGGGCGACAAAGCCCUCGACUGAAGAUCAGACCUGCCCUACCGGAGAUCCAUCACAGACCAACCAACAAGAUGAAUAGAAAUAGCGGUAGCCCGAAAUGGACAAGAAGAUCCUCAGGCAUAUGCAUGGCUCGCUCGCCUAGCCUACGACCGAGUCUAGGGGUGGCCGGCUUGCUGUUCCCUUACAUCUCCCCCUGUGAGGUACGCGUGGUCCUGAUAGUCUACUCGUCCAAGAAGAAGAUCUUCAUGGGCUGCAUCCCCAGUGACCAGAGUGGCUUCGUCAGAGCCUUACGGCAGGUCAUCACCGCCUGCAAGCAGGCAAUGGGAUCUGGUGGUGU